AUGAGUCAUGUUAACACAAAUGGUUGUAUAGAUGCUUUGCACCUUUUGAGUUUGUUAUCAGCUGAAUUAAAUUCCAGCUUUUUUAAUGAAAACGAUCUAGACUGUGACAAAAUUACUGACCCCACUUAUAAUGAACAAGACAUUGUUACAAGCUAUAUAGCAAAAGAUAAUUCAAAAUGUUUGGAAAUUAUAAAAUUAUUGGAAGAAAAUGGACGAAAGCUUUCAUUUCACUCGGAAGUUAUUAAAACAAUUUGUUUGACUCACUCGAAUAGUGAGACUGAAAAUGUGUUUGCCAUCUUAAACAAUGUCAUCAAUGAAGAACCAAAAAAUUCUUUUGCAUUUUAUGCAUUAGGACUAGCUCAAUACAUGAACUGUCGUUUAGCAGAUUCAGAGGAAUCAUUCAAAACUGCAAUUGACUUAAAUUCAAAUGGGGAAAAGUUUCCCUAUAAAGAAUUAGAAGAUAGCACGUUUCACUAUCUGAGAUGUGUUCGUAUGGCUGUGCAUUCGAUAGAAGAAGCUCAUUGUCUUUUUCAUUCUGGAUAUUUUAGAGAAGCUAUUCAAGAAAUAAAGAACGCAGCAAAAUAUGAUUUAACAAAUAUUAACUUAAACAUGAAUCUAACAAAAAUUUUCUUCAAAUAUACUGAAUUUUUAAUGAAUCAUGUUAACAAUUCUCACGGUGUUAAUCAAGAAGUUUUUGAUAAGAGUAAAGAAACUGAAGAGUUAAUUAUGUCUCACAAGUUCUUUGAAGCGGAUAACAACCUUAACACGUUCUCUUUCUGGGGAUCUUUCAACGGUGAGCACAUUUAUCUUAAGGGUCUUCUCGAAUACAUGAAAGGAGAUCCACCAGAAGCUAUCAAAAAAUUGCAACUUGCUUUGAGAAUCGACUACACAGAGAAAAAAGUUCAUGAAUUAAUGGAUAAAGCACUCUCAUACGAAAAAUCACUUGAAGAUGCCACUUUGAAAAUGAAAGAUAAGAAAUUCACUGAAGCUAUUGAAAUCUUAACUAAGGCUCUAGAAAUUGACAAGAACAAUCAUUUAUUGAAUCAAGCUGUUUACUUCCAAAGAAGUUUCGCUUAUAGAGGCAUUGGAGAUACUGAAAAAGCUCGUGAAGAUGUUGAAAAAUACAAUUCGUUCAAAGAUGUUCUUGGUAACAUUUUGAAUGAUUUGAAUGAAAUUAUUCCAUGA